UCGUCCUGCUCUGGCGCUCUCCGCCGCGGCCUCUUCCUCCUCGCCGGCAAGAGACCCCCCGCAAUCAGCGUUUGGUGCAAUCGCGAGGCUUCGCGGAAGGGUAGAGAAGGUCAGAAGGCAACUCCAGGGAAGGGAGCGGCGAUGGGGUUCAAGAUCAAAUACAAGCAGCAGAUGCGGGACCGGGACGUCGUGGCAAGCGGCGGCGCCGGCGGCGAUGGCGGCGGAAGCAGUGAAGCUACGCAACCGAAAUCGCCGCCGCGAGAACCCUCUCCUUUGCCGCGGCGUUCACCUCCGCCGCCACGAGAACCCGCUCCUUCGCCGCGGCGUUCACCUACGCCGCCUGAUGCCGAGAGUAAAAUACCUCGACGCAAGGACCACUGCGAUCCCUAUGAUCAUUCUGGUCAACAUGGAAGUACAACCAAGUUGUAUGUGGGAAACAUGUCUCGGUAUACUCGGGAACGAGAUCUUGAGGCUGCUUUUGGCAGAUACGGAAGAUUGGUGACGGUGUAUCUGCAGGGGAGGAACUAUGGCUUUGUUGUGUUUUAUGAUCCCAAGGAUGCAGAUGCUGCAAGAAAUGGCCUAGAUGGCCAAGAAAUUUGUGGGAGCCACAUCACUGUUCAAUUUGCAAGAGAGCACAAAAUGACUCGAUAUGACACGCGCUAUAUUCAUGAUGAUCAAAAUGAUCAACAAGAUGGUAACUCCAAGUUGUUCGUGAGCAACAUUUCUUCACUUACCCAGGAAAAUGAUAUUAGUGACCUAUUCAGCAAAUAUGGGAGAGUGCGCAAAACGAAUCUUAAGGAGAACUAUGGUUUUGUUGAGUUUUGUGAUCCCCAGGAUGCAGAUGAUGCAAGGUGUGAACUUAACGGACAAGAAUUUAAUGGGAACCGCAUCAGUGUUAAGUUUGCAACAGGGGUUCCACGUGGUCCUGUAGAUUCUGCUCAAAUCCUCUGCUAUAACUGUGGGGCAGAAGGGCACUUUUCUAGUGAUUGCAAAGCUGGUGACUGGAAAGAUAGGUGCUACCGGUGUGGAGAAAAGGGCCAUCUCAAAAGAAACUGUCGGAACAGACCUAAGGAUAUCGGGCGAAGGAGAAGCCAUUCGAGGUCCCAGUCUCCUGGUCAUGGCAUGGGCCGAAGCUGGAGAUACAGGAGUCGCAGUAGGGGUUACAGUCAGCCACCAUCUCCAACAAGGGGUAACCGUAAUACUGGUGGUGAAGAAUUGCCAUCAAGAAGCCCCUGUUACAGCCACCACCCCAGGAGCAGGAGCAGCCCCCCACCACCAAGGGAGCCAGCUAAACGCAGUGGUUCAUUACGUGAUGCAGUCCCCAGGAGAGGUCAGAGGUGACAACCGGAGUCCUGGCCCCAAUUAUGAGUGAUGAUUACAGACAUUGGCUGUUCACCAAGGGGAAAUGCGCCACCAUGAAUCGAAACUCUGUGGUUGUGAAUUCUCAAAAUAUGCUUUCCUGAAGAUUAGGCUACUCCUAUGCCAUGAGAGACUUCAUGUCUGGUGAAUCUUGAUCGUUACUGUGCACUUUGCCUUCUGUGAAGAUUAGGUGGUGAAUUCUCUGAAAAGCUAUGUUUGUGAGUAUACUGAGGCCUGAGCCCUGAGACAUCAGACAUUCUGUCUGAAGAGUUUUGACCGGAUUCAACAUUUUGUGAGGAAUCUUGUCUGGACUUAAUUAGGCUUCUGUGACCUUGAGCAUCAAAGGGGCCAGGUUUUGGUAUAUAUGUGAACAACUUCAGGUGAACCAGAGUUGCCAAGGAGCUACAUCACCAGACACAUGCCUAGUUAGUCUUAGCACUGCCAAUGACGAUAAUGGGUGAAUAGUGAACACUGCUAUCUGAAACAUGUUGUAUGGUUGAUGAUCAGGAGAUAGCUUGUUGGCAGGGAUGCCAGACAGGAGAGGAGUCAUGUGUUACCCAACUAUGUGUUCUAUUGCUUUUAAGCAGAUCUUGCUGGUUCUGAGGAAGACAAUCUCUUUGCUUAGGGCCUGAGCCAUGACAUGGUUUAAUGUCAGACAGCAACAGACUUGACAUGCAGAACUGAUCAAUUGGGAAUUUUAUUUUCUCAGUUAUUUUGUGUUUUGGAUAGCAUGGAUCUUAUCAGAAGUUAGGUGACUGUACAUUUGUGUAUCUGCUUAAUUGCAUGCCCAACUUCUGUUGGGUGUUGCAAUUCAAAUCAAUGUGAACUCAAAUUGAUGUGCAAAUAUAUUUCUUAGGUUCUGUGUUUAA